AUGCAUAUAUUAACGCGAUCGAGUAAAAAUGCCUUUCCCAGAAGUAGAAGUAGGCAAGACAUCCAUAUUUCAAGCCACAUCCAUAGAGAUACCUCCAACAGCGCGUUGUUGAAGAUUUUGGUAAUUACAAGAACGAGGUUAGAUUCCUUCGUUAAAACUUAG